UCGCAGCAAGUAGCAACCUGGCUCUACUGAAUUACCAGUUCCUCACUGGUGUCAGACAAAAACCUCGAUACAAAGCCCCCUCUCAAUACACACAGAAUCCUUUCGUCUUCACCAAUUGUCCCUGUUAGAGGCUUGGCUGAUGCUCAAUAGCUGUGAUGUGCAGUGAUUUUUAUGGGCUGUAGAUAUAAUUUUUAUUGUAUCGGCAGAUUAUUUAACCUGAAGAAUCGCUGGCCAUGGCUCUCCCUCUCGGCAAGUUAACCAUCCUUGUUGGUGCAGGUAUUCUUGGCUCAGUUCUUGCAAAAGAAGGGCGAUUGUCAAAUGUGACUGAUUUGGUUUCAGGUGCAUUCAAGAUUGCCUUUAAACAAAUUAAACGAGAUGAUUCUACCUCAUCAAUUGGCAAGCCACACAAUGAUGCUUUGAUGGCUCAGGUUAACAGUCUUCGGCAGGAGCUGCAAAUGUUAGCAUCAAACAGAUCAGUUACAAUUGUAACUGCAAGUGGGACAGGUGCAAGUAAAUACAGUGUAAUUGUUGUCAUCGGUGUAGUUGGAUAUGGCUAUGUUUGGUGGAAGGGUUGGAAACUUCCCGACAUGAUGUUUGCUACAAGACGGAGUUUAUCUGAUGCUUGCACUUCUAUAGCCCAACAGCUUGAAAAUGUUUAUGCAUCAAUCAGGAGUACCAGGAGGCUAUUAUCUUCAAAUAUUGAUCGCGUGGAUUCUAAUUUGAAUGAGGUUGCUGCACUCACUGCUAAUACACAAGAAAAGGUUACUGAACUGUUAGAAGAUUCUGGAAGGAUUGGUCAUGAUGUUCGAUUUGUUCGUGAUGCUGUUGAAACACUGGAACUAAAAAUCAGUAGAAUAGAAGGGAAGCAGGAAAUGACAAACAUUGGAGUAAAGAAGUUGGUUGACUAUGCCUACAAUUUGGAAAAUAACUUACUUGAAGAGAAUACACAGGCCUCAUCAUCCGGUUCACGAAUUACAUUCUCGUCAAAGACGUGCUCUUUGCCCCUUCCAUCAAGUGAACCAACUUCUCCAUCUGUUUCCAGUGGAUCUCUGGAGGUUCAAAGAACCCUCCACAGGGCUGCCUCAGUCACCCCCCAGCAGGUGAGUAAUGGGAUUUCAGCAGCAGUCGAGGUUUCAAGCAAUCCUGGGAUUUCAAAUGGUAUACGUGAUUUAGAAGAAACAAAUAAUGGAUCUUCUAGUUGGUUUAAACCAAUAUUAUUUCAGAGAGCAUGGGGCGCAACAAAUGCAGUAACAAGCUCAGGCAGACAGAAAUCUUGAUGAGAUCUUAUAACUUAAAUUUAUAUGCGGUAAUUAGUUGUAGAUUGGGAGGUCUUCCAGGCUAGUUGUUUCUGGUUUUCAGUACCUUCCCAUGAAUAUAAGACACCAGACUGGUACUGAAUUUUGUAGAGGUGUUUAUGGAGAGGUUGGUAGAUAUCAUUCUUGGUACAUGUAUAAAUUUGGUGCCUUUUGGGUCUUGGAAGGGGGAAAGAUAAAGGAAAACCAGUUGCAUAUUAAUUUUUAUUAUCAUAUGCCAAAAUGGGUCGACUAAUAGUAUAAUCUCCACAAAUAGAAGAAACUCACUGCCUGUCGAGUAUUCA